AUGGCGCCAUUUGUAACUUCCGAGAGGCACCCGCAGAGCAUAUUCGAGUCAUCACAAGACAGCUCGUCAGAUUAUUUUUCACGAAGUUGGUUGGAGUGGACAUCGGUAAUUCCAAAACCUCAACUACCAAAACCUCCAGCUGACACGGCAAAACUUUUGAAACCACUGAAGCUUCAGCAAUAUAUUGUUAACAACCAUGGUUGGUGGCCGGCAUUUGGUGGCAAACAAAAAUUAAAAAGAAAGCGUGGAAACCCAACCACCUCAUUAGUGGUUCCUCAGAAACAUAUCCCCUUAAGUUUAGUGCCUUCAGAAUUCUCAAAACGACGAAAGAUUCAUAACUGUUCUCAUUUCUCCUCACAAUUUUCCUGCAAAAAUUAUCUCGCCGUCGAUUGGGAUCCCGAAGAAAACGAGUUUCGUACCGCCUUUCCACCGAGAACCACCACUUCGGCGUUACCACAGGAAAACUUUGCGGCUGUCACAAGUAGAGUGUUAUUGGUUCGAAGGUUGAAAGCUAAGCAAGGAAAUGCUCUUAAAGGAGAUGCGGCUUCUAGAUUUAGGAAAAAUGUGUUGUUGAGAGUAGCUCAAGCCGAUGGAUUCGGCGCAGCAUACUCGGCAUGGAAACGUCUUGGAAACAACGCGACUUACUACCCUGCGAUACACGGCACGCCACCGCCAAAUGAUCUCAAAGAUAAAAAUGUUGGAAUAUUCGAUUUUGCGUAUCCAAGAUCAAUUCUCACCGAGCUUGAAAAACAGUCAAAAUCACUGGCAAUAGUUGAUCACCACAAGUCUGCCAGAAACGAGUUGUUAGGCGAUCAUUCGACUCACAGCGAAAAUAGCAAGAAUUAUUUUUUUGAUAUGGACAAGAGCGGUGCCAGAUUGGCAUGGGAAUUCUUUUGGCCUGACAAAGAGGUUCCGCUAUUAAUUCGAUAUAUCGAGGACAGGGAUUUAUGGAGAUUUUCCUUGCCGAAAUCUCGCGAGUUCUCAAUCUUUUGGUCAAGCAUUCCUUACGAAUUUGAGGCAUACGAUCAAUAUGUGAAAGAUGAGAGUCUAAUUGAGAAAGCGAUAGAAUCGGGUAGUCAAAUCCUUAACUACGUCGACUCUCGCAUCUCAUCGAUGAAGACAAGGGAGGCGUUUGAGCGCAAAAUGACCGUCACCACAGUUGAUUCCAGCAAUCAACCCAUUACCAAAACCUAUAACGUAAAUGUUAUCAAUUCUUCACUAUGGCAAUCGGACUUGGGUCAUGCUCUCGUGAAAAAGGAGGGUGUUGACUUUAGUUUAAUAUUUUUUUAUGAUGGAAAAUUGAAGAGGUAUGGCGUAAGUUUGAGAAGUUUAGAUGAGAAGACAGACGUUUCUUUGAUCGCGAAAGCGCUGGGAGGCGGUGGACACAGAAAUGCAGCCGGUUUUGUCUGGGAACGCGAGUCAAUUGAAAGUCUUUUUGAUCCUGAAUGA